AUGGGUGUAACAGGCCUUUUACCGCUUCUCAAGUCGAUCCAGAAGCCGACAGAGCUGAAAAAGUUCAAUGGAGAGACUCUGGCCGUAGACGGCUAUGGAUGGCUGCACCGGGCUGCCUAUUCGUGUGCCGUCGAGCUUGGUCAAGGAAAGCCCACCAAGAAGUUCAUCAAUGCUGCUCUGCAUAGAGUCAAGAUGCUGAAGCAUUUCGGUGUCACCCCCUACAUGGUAUUUGACGGCGACUUUCUCCCUAGCAAGGCUGCUACCGAGGCCUCUCGUGCUAAAAAGCGAGAGGAUAAGCUCAAGCUUGCCAACGAAUAUCUCAAGGCCGGAAGGUCCUCUCAGGCAGCCCAAGAAUUCCAGAAAUGCAUUGACAUCACUCCCGAAAUGGCGUCUGCCCUGAUCCAGCAGCUGAGAAAGAUGGAUAUUCCCUACGUCGUGGCCCCGUAUGAAGCAGAUGCUCAGCUCGUGUACCUUGAGCGUCACGGCUUUGUCGAUGGCAUUAUCUCAGACGACUCAGAUCUGCUCGUCUUCGGAGCAAAGCGGCUGCUAACCAAGUUGGAUCAAUACGGAAACUGCAUUGAGAUCAACCGACGGGAUUUCUGUGCCUGCCGCGAGAUUUCUCUGACCGGGUGGAGCGACACCGAGUUUCGACGAAUGGCGAUCAUGAGUGGUUGUGAUUAUCUCAACGGUCUUCCAGGGGUAGGGCUUAAAACAGCAUACCGGAUGCUGCGAAAGACAAAGUCCCCCGAGCGCAUUGUCCGCUUGUUACAAUUCGAGGGGAAACGCGUAUCGGAAAACUACCUGACUCUGUUCUACCAGGCGGAGCUCACAUUUUUGCAUCAAUGGGUAUUCUGCCCUACCAAGAAAGAGUUGGUCCAUCUCACAGAGUUGGAUGGGACACGCACAGCGGAGGAAAUGCCCUUCAUUGGGCCUCACGUUGAGCCGGAGAUGGCUCGUAAAAUCGCAAAUGGCGAUGUAAACCCCAUCACGAAACUGCCCAUCAUUCUGCCCGCUACGCCUUCCAAGCGGAGGCAUUCUCAGAGCGCUGCGGCCGCUGAUGCUUCGGGUCGCCCGCUUUCCAAGCCCAUCAAUUCAUAUUUCAAGGGGCAUGAUCGGAUACCCAUGGCCGAGAUGGAUGCCAAUUGUUUUUCCGUCGACCGCCAACGACUUUCGCAAAUUACAUCCGAGGGCGCCGUUUCACGAGUGUUCCCGUUACCGAGACCUUACAUUCCUGGAUCGCAGCAGUCGGCUGAUGGCACAAAUCCCCGUCAGUUGACGCAACCAGCUCCACGGACCUCGCCUCGCCUGAACCGACGGCGCACUGAACCGAUCUCCAGUCUACUGGCCAGUGUCUCAAACAGUCGCCCACGCCAGACAGAUGCCUCAAACCGGCCUCCAAAGAAGCCGCGUCUGUGUGACGACUCGCUUGAUGCCAACGCAGACGGAUCACCAAAGAAGAGUCGGUUCUUCCCUCCCAAGAAAGCGCUCAGAAAGAGCCCACGGAAGGCAAACAGCGACGUAUAUCUGAUGUUAUCAGAUGACUCUCUAGAUGAAGCGCUCAGUAAUCUACCUGAUAUUGAAGGCUGGGCGUCUGGACCGCCAAAGAGACGGAUUUCAAUAUUUUCCGACAAGCAAAAGGAUGUGCCUCCUAGUCAGCCCGAAAGUGUCAGUCAACAAGACUCUACUCAGAGAGAUACAAAGCAACCAAGCCGCAGUCAACAAGACUCUGUUCAGGCAGAUACAAAACAACCAAGCAUCAGUCAACAAGACUCUACUGAGACAGAUACAAAGCAACCAAGCCCUAGUCAACAGCAAGGAAUUAGUCAACCAUCCAUUACAAGCCAAGAAACAGGACUCACCUCGCUAGACACCAGCCAGCCAGAACCCCCAAAUGAAACACCCGAAUCCUCGGUCGAUGCUUCUACGCCUCUUCCAAAGCUUCCAGAAUCCCCGUCUCAAACCGCUCGCACUCCCCCCCGAACCCGAACUAGCUUGACUCGCUUCUCAUAUUCCUCCAAAUCUUCAGAGACACCGGCGUCAACAAUGUCACAAUCCUCCUCGGUAUUCAGCGCCGCCUCUGCAGCAUCUACCGCGCCCUCCACAGGCCGAGCGAGGCAAACGCCCCUUCAACGCAUGAGAGCGUGGGCACUCAAGGCUCCGGCAUCCCCAACACUGCCCGUGUCACGAAAAGGUGCUGGGAGCGCCAAAGGAGCAGUCGAACCUGCGCUUGUCCCACUCCCCAAGGUGGACUUGAAUGAAAUGGGGGCGUUGAAUAAACCGUGCGGAAGCGAAGACCAAAUCAUCCCCGCUAGCGACGAGGAAGAGGAGGAGGAGGAGGAGGAGGAGGAGGAGGCCAAGCUUCCUACUAAAAAGCUCAACCUUGCUCGUUUCGCUUAUUCCUAA